CUCAGUUGAUAAAACGAGAAAUUACCCCUCCAAAAUAUUGGUCACCUCACCUCCCACGAUGUUUUAUUAACAACAUACCACAGUCUGGUAUUGUCCCGCUAACAAUAUUAAAGUUCAUGCAAACCAAAAUUUUACCACCUGGUGGAUUGUUGAAUGAAUUAAUUAAGGGAUCACCCCCGAAAAGACAAAAAACACACACACACACACACACACACAGGAUUUUUACAACAUAAUCAAUCAAUCAAUUUUGUCUGGGAACUAUUUUCCUGGGAAAUUCCGUCAAAAAACUAUACUUGUAAAAGAGAUAGAGAGGGAGGAAGCUGGUUCUUGAUCACCAUUCUUCAUCUUCAACAAGGAAAGAUUCUACCUUUCUUUCCUUCCCGAAAAAAGGGCCCCCCUCUCUUGUUGUCCUUCUCUCUCAUCUGCCAGCCAGCAUUCCAUAAUCCAUCAUAGUUAUUGUCAAUUUCAUUAAUUAAUUAAGUCCUUCCUCCCCAAUGCAAUGCCAAGCCUGCGCUUUUUUUAGAGAAAGGCUCUGCAUUGGUGAUAAAGGAUUUGCUGCCCUAAAUUAUUAGACCACGAUGUUUAAGAAAAACCUCCCGAUUUGGACGCUGGGUUCUUGUUGAUUCAUUGCUUCUUCUGGCCUUCUUCCUUUGGAGGAGAGAGGGCUGAAGGAGGAUUUUUUGUGAUGGCCCAAGAUGAUCAUAAACCCCCUGUUCCAAGGAAGAAGAAGCUUUAUCAAGUCUGGAAGGGCAACAAUAAAUUUCUUUGUGGAGGAAGGUUAAUCUUUGGACCUGAUGCGGCAUCUUUGUUAUUAUCCGUAGUCCUUAUUGCUGGCCCUGCUGUUGCAUUUUGUGCAAAAGUAUAUUUCCUUAUUAGACAUCGAGUAAAAGAAGGCAAAUCCGCCAUGUCCUGGUAUCCGGUGCUGGUUAUGGGAUCUCUUCUUACCAUCUUGGAUUUAAUGUUUCUUUUCGUUACAUCAAGUCGGGAUCCUGGAAUAGUCCCUCGAAACACUUGUCCACCUGAGUCUGAGGAUGCUUAUGAGAUGAAUACUCCUUCAAUGGAGUGGGUAAAUGGCAGAACUCCUCAUUUGAAACUUCCUCGAUCAAAAGAUGUGAUUGUGAAUGGGCAUGCUGUCAGGGUCAAAUACUGCGAUACAUGCCUACUUUAUCGGCCUCCCCGUGCAUCUCACUGCUCCAUCUGCAACAACUGUGUUCAGAGGUUUGAUCAUCACUGUCCUUGGGUUGGUCAAUGUAUAGGACUACGUAAUUAUCGGUUCUUUUACAUGUUUAUAUCGACAUCAACCAUCUUAUGCCUUUAUGUGUUUGGGUUCUCUUGGGUCAUCAUUCUGCAACGUGAAGGCGGUGUGUGGAAGGCUAUAUCUGAAGAUUUUUUAUCCGAUUUCCUUGUUAUAUAUUGCUUCGUAGCUGUGUGGUUUGUGGGAGGCCUAUCAGUUUUUCAUUUAUAUCUGAUCAAGACAAACCAGACUACAUAUGAGAAUUUUCGGUAUAGAUAUGAUGCAAAGGAGAAUCCAUAUAACAUGGGGAUGCUUAGGAACUUUAGAGAAGUUUUCUUCUCCAAAAUCCCGCCAUCAAUGCACGAUUUCCGGGCCUUAAUACAGGAGGACGAUAAUAUGUUGCUAGAGCCCGCAAAUAUGUUUAAUGCAGAAGAUUAUGGUGCAUGCUCGAAAGAGAAAGUUGAUAUUGAAAGUGGAUUUGCAAUUCCCAAUAUCUUACGAAACUUGCAUUAUGAUGAUGACAAUUUUGAGAAUGAUACUGUACGGGACAAGGAAGGGAAUCCUCCUUAUCUGUUCCCCUGUGAGCUAGAAACAGAAGAAGUUUUGAGGAGAUCGUUUGUUAGAGAUGAAAAAUCUGAGUCUGAACUGAAAGACGUUGCUGGGAGCUCCACUAUGACCUAUAAUGAUUUUGACAAGAAGCUACUGUGUGAUGGCUUAUCGGCCUGCAAUGAAGUUAUUGAUAUACAAAAUGCGGAAGAAAAGCUCAAAGACUCUUCGAGGAGAUCAUCUAAUGUAAGAGAUGAGAAAACUGAGUUGCAAACAUUUUCAUUUCUGCUUGAACAAGGAAAAUCCGAGUCUGAACUGCAAGACAUUGCUGGGGGCUCCACUACGACCUAUAAUGAUUUUGACAAUAAGCAACUGUGUGAUGGCUUAUCAGUCUGCAAUGAAAUUAUUGAUAUGCAAAAUGAGGAAGAGAAGCUCAAAGAGUCUUCGAGGAGAUCAUCUAAUGUAAGAGAUGGGAAAAUGGAGUUGCAAACGUUUUCAUUUCUGCUUGAACAAGAAACAAAAGCAUUUCCUGGGAGCUCAAAAACUUAUAAUAAUGUGGAAGAUAAUAGAAGGAAGAGCCUCGAUGUGGCCGACGACCAAAAGGAGAACUUCGAGGCCAAAAUGUCCACGUCCAGUGAACAUGCUUCUUCCUCAUCUGAUACAAGCAUGAAAUAAAGGUGCAUUCUUCACACACACAAUGUCUCUUUCAAGUGCUGGGCUGUAUAUCUUUUUUGUGUUGACAGUUCAUUUUGUGUUUUGAGACACGGUUGAUGAAAAAAGUUCUCUUUUAUCAUUGUUUACAAUGAAAAUCCACGAAGUAGCAUUUUGUCAAGGAAACAAGUCUUUGUUUUUUCCCGACCAAAUCCCUCUUAUCAGUUCAAGGAGGGUAAAAUGCGAAUCUCUUUCUCAAUAUACUGCUCCUUAGACAAACAUUUCCCAAUAUCUAUAGGUUGGAAAGUUGAUGCAGCCUACCAGCUCUCUCUUCCAGCGAAAACUUUUCACUUUUAAAAGUAUUCAGAAAUUCCAUAAUUAGCUUCUGUCCUUCUUUAUCUAUCAUGGCUGUUUUGAAUGUUAAUCUCCUUUAAUUUUCAAACCUUGUUUGGCUAGAUAUAGUCCGUUUAGUCAACCCCAUAUAGAGGGAUGAUAUUUACUUGUGGUAGUCGGCAAAAAUUAAUUUAAUUUUGUGUAUUCUUGCAGCUUUCCUGAUGAAAACUCACUAGGAUUAGGCUGGAUACAUCGUCCUGUAGGCAGACGGGAACAUAACACGGCACCCGCUUGAGAAGAUUAUGGUUUAUUCUAAGCCUGUAGAAAUGAUGGUGAAGGUUUUUGGUGUUAUAUUUGAGGGGACGCAAUACAGUGACACUUAAUUGUUGUUGGCUUAGAGAUCGAUGGAAGCUUUGGUGGUUUAUUUUUUAAAGUUGCUCAAGAUUGUGCUAUAAGGAAGACAGUUUGAGUCUCUGAGUUUAGUAAUUUUAAUGCUGGAAAAGAUAGUGAGGGAGGUUGCAGAUUUCUUAGGACAAUGAUGCAGAGGAAACAGAAGAAGUUUGUUGGUUUUAUUUCAUUUUUUCGCGGGAUGACAUUGUACUCCAGUUCCGAAGUAUGUUCAGAAAUGGUCGAGUCUUCUUGCUUUGUGUAAUCAUAGUUGGGAUUUUUGGUAUAGAUGUGGAUAUGAUGAUGAUGUUCAUUUUUUUCAUUUGGUAAGUUUCAGAUUUCAUCAGAACUUCACCGUUUACACUUUACCUCCUCCUUUCUCAAAGAAAACUAUGAUGGAAAGUCGGCGUAAUAGCAAAGGAGUUGAAAUGCUACUUUUUGUAGCGGCAACUGGUGAUGUUUAAUCCUCUAAGUUGAAAAGCUUUUGUGUUCAGAGGACAAAUAAAUUAUGAUGACUGCAACUUCACUUGAGCAGUGAUGUGUGAGAUGGUUGGCAAAAGUUUGUAAGCCAAUUCCAUACCAUGACAAGUUACUACCAACUAUUUAACAGUGAUCAUAUUUUAAACUGUUAAUUUUGUAUUUAGCAUAUAUUAUCUCCG